CUUCUCUCUUUCCCUCUCUCCACCACCACUCGUCGCUCGUUUAGACAACCACACUUCUCUUUCCUGUCCACUCAGUCCUUUUUUCUCUUGUUCGAAAACGACGACGAUACUGGCGGCAUCUCGCGCGAUCUCGGUAGAAGACCAGCCUCGAUACCAUUUAUGGGACUUCCUUGUCUUUUACAUUUAUGCGGAAACAGAUCUCGGAGCCCCUGCGAGUUCGAACCAAUACAUGGCCUACAGCAGCCCACACACACCACAGCUACAUACACCACACCCGGCCUACAUACAUACACGUACACAUACUUGCAUACGCGACCUGAAUAAUACCUAAUACAAGUGGGCGGAGAGGAUCCCCUCCGAAAAGAGGGAGAUCUGGCGGUAGCGAACGUCAUUGGAUCAGCUGACUGGGAAUAGUUUGGUGAGAGACAGCAAGAGAAGGGACGGUUAAAAAUAAGAAUAAGCACGAAGAUAUGAUGGUCCCGACGAAGCCCGAGGCGGUUCAGGCCUCAAUUGAUAAAAGGUGCCCGCCUGCUGCUGGUGGGUGCGGUAGCCGUAGCGGCAACUCUAGCGGUAAUGCCGUAAAUAGCGCAGGCAGGACUCCGGCGUCAGCUGCCACGCCGUCAAAGCAGACUGUCCUACACGCACACCGACAGAGCCACAACUCGUCCAAACUCCCCGCCUUUCGUUUCGCCGAUCUGAAGAGAGAGCCCAUCGUGUUGCCCUCGCUGCUGCAGAACAAUCACCACAUACAUCACAUACCGCCGUCUCCUGUCUCACCCGACCCAGAUCAGCACCCCGACGCCCAACCAAACGCGACGCAGGAGACGCCCCCGCCACCCGUGCCGGCGCAUCUGUCAAAUCAACAUCUCAGCCAUACCAGCAACACCACUAGUGCCCGUCCUGGUCCCUCUGUCUCACGCCAACAAUUGAUCUCGGAUCGCUCGCCUUCCCCCAGGUCUCGGGCGUCCACCUUUCAGAACCCCACUACCCUAUCGACCGCCAAAUCUUCAACGGCCUCCGUCAAUGUAAAACGAUCAGCAUCGCUGGGUUCAUCUGCUGCCAUCGCUACUACUACUAUUACUAACGGGCUGUCCCCCAAUCCGGCCGGCAUCAAGUCGCCCUCGGAUUCCGCCGACACCCUCGUCACGGUACGCCAGCAUCCACGGCACAGGCGCGCGCCUCUAUCGGCCGGUUCAGCGACGACCCUCGACACCCCGUCUGGCAAGCGGAUGCAUGCUGCCGAGGACAAUCCAGGUGCAUCGCCAGGCGAAGAGAUCAGCAAGGAGGGCGCGCACGGACAGCGAGAAUUGCUGCUACCGAAAACGAUACAGAGGACCACUGCGGAUGAGAGGAGGAACUCAGUAGCGCGGCGUCCACCCAUAUCCUACAAAGCGCCGGUAACUUCUGCCUCGUCGGGAGGCACUGCUUCUAUCCCGCCGAUCCGAUCUUUCCGGUCUUCCGGCGAGCGACGUAGUCUCGUGCUCGACAUGAACGUCCGCUCGAUGCGCUCCUACGACGGGGGCGAUGAUUACGGUGAUUCGAACCACCGUGAUAGGACCUUGCGAGCACUUGAGGGCAGGCGUUUCGACGACGUAUCGCAGAUAACGCCGCCCGACUCAGCUGGGGAUCGCCCAGAUGUCGACGAAAAUGGCGAUCUGUUUUUGAAAAUCGCUCGCGAGGAUCCUCUACGACGCAGUACCGACAGCACCGGGACGCACGGGGAAAAUUCGAGUGCCUUGUCACGAGUUACGCGGACCAGCCGUCGGCCACUUUCUAUUGGCGUCUCCUCGUACCAGCCAGCUUCGCCGCCCCAAAUGUCUCGGCGCUUGUCAGAUCAGGAGACCUCUCGGUCUAGGGGCUUUAGUGAUGAGCAGUCGGGUGAGAGAAUCGCCCGCACUCUAACCUACAGGGGGCCAUCCAGAGACAAGUCCUUAGAGGAAACCAAAUCGAAGGCGAAUAGCGCUCCCCUCCGUGCUUCUCCUCUCACCACCCCACGAUCGUCCUUUCCGGAUGCUCCUCCCGAGCAGGCAUCGGCUGCUUAUGGCCGCAAGAGACAAAUGUCCAUCGACAACGGCACUCCAGGCCCAUCGCGUGUGUCGUCGUUAAAGCUUAACAAUGUCAACUAUAGCCACCCUCGCGGCUAUAGUUCAUCGCCACUAGUGCAAAAGCCGAUGGAAUCUCAAAAGAAUGAUACCCAACAAGGUGACACGGGUCACGGUGUCGAGGGCACGGACUCUACGGCAUCAACCGCGGCCCCAUCUACAGUGUGGGAUGAACUCGACGACCUCAAAUCCCGCAUCCACCGUCUCGAGUUGACUGGCAAAUUGCCUCCAACCUCCGGUGCCGCCAUUUCGCGCGCCUCGGAGGAGCGGCCUCCAACCGCCAACACUAACGCGACAACUUUAUCUGCAUCCCCAAAGCGCGGGUCUGGCGGCGCUGCGCAAGCAUCUGAUUCAAAUAUCCCGCAAAGAGACAGCCACCCGCUCCUACACUCGGCUCUGCUAAAAUCCAAAGAGUUUAUUAGCACAGAAGCUUUCGAGGCGCUAGAGACGGCAGCUAACGAUGCGCUGUCCCUCUCCUCGAUGAUGGGCAUCGCUGGCCAGCCAGGCCCUAUUUCAAGCGGCGCAAGCAGCAUUGGUAGUGGUACCACCAUCACCGACCGACAGUUGAGACGAAAGGCGGAUAGUAUAUGCCGCAGCCUCACCGAGCUUUGUCUUGCUCUCAGUGAGGGCGUGCUACAAGCCAAAUCACAGCAAGUAGUCGCGGCAGCCGUAGAGAACCCCCCCAUGGCCAGCCCUACCAUUACCAAGUUUCCGGGGAUGUCCAAUUCGAGACGGCCGAGUCUCGUCGACCGCAACCUGGCAGUCACCACUAGCCCUCGAGCGCCACCUCGAUAUGAAGAGAGGCGGAACAGUGCGAUCUCAUCUAGCGUACAGCCAACCCCGCGAUAUAGUAACACGUUACCCGUGGGCCCCAAUGAAAGCACGGUCAUGACUGGUCGCAAGACUUCAAUGCUGCUAUCCCGCACCCGUCGAAUUGGUUCCGAAGAGCCCGAAGAAGGACGCAAAUCAUCCCUGUUGAGGACUCGGCGGGCCACCACGGAGGAGCCGGAGGAUAUGUCAGAUCGUAAGCCUAUAAUCAUCCGAGGGCGUCAAGGGACGGUGGAGAACGAAGAAGAGGAAUCGCGAUUCCGCGCCCCUUCCCGAGCCAUCACUGAGGUUCAGGGGCACCGAUCGGUGACGCGCGAGUACGCGUCGCAGCUACCCGCACCCCCUUCAAAAGAACAGGAGACCCUAGCGUCGUCUGCUCUUCCGAGAAGGCGACUCGGCUCGGCCCUUAAUACCAGACUGGUACUACCGGCAACGACAACGGGCAUCGCCACGCCUAUCCGGCGCUAUUUUGAACGAUCAACUCCCGACCGUGAAGCCUACAGCCCCGCAGAGAAGAUUUACGAAGGCCGACCACAGCGGCAAUUCUCGAUUGCCCGCCCUGGAAGCAUAGAUAAACGAGCAAACCGAGACAGUAUGAUUGCUAGUGCUCACGCAAGCGGCACCUACCGGUAAUGCCACAACGAAGACAACGACGAGCUCAUGACGAUGUUAGCCAUAGACCGGUCACUUGGGCAAGAGCAUACUCGCGCAGCUAUGAAACAUGUGCAUGGUUAGAUGGCUUUGAUUAUUA